ACACACCUCAACAAGCACAGAAGAGCAGCACAUCGACAGAACGAACAGGGAUUCAGAGUGUAAACUUUUCCCUGAGAGGACAGUGAAGAAACCGGACACAGGAAACAGACUUUUACUAUCUGACACUGAGCUGCAGAUACUGUUGGACCCUUGACUUUCACUCUUUGUGGUUUUGGAGUGCUUUUUAAUUCAUUUUAUUUGGGACACUGUUGAGAGACGCCGAGUGCCUGAGUUGAUGCUUGUUUCAGCUGACUUUUGUUGAUUAGGAGACAGUGUUUCUAAAAGCAGCUGGUAAGAUCUCUUCUUUCAUGUCUACAAAGAUGGAACAGCCUUUUUAUCAUGACGACUCUUUUCUGUCGGCUUACGGCCACUCAGAUGCAGCAAUGCACGACUACAAACUGCUAAAGCAGAAUAUGAAUUUGAACUUGACAGAGCCAUAUCGCAACCUGAAAUCCCAGCUGAGAGCCGAGACAGACCCAUACCAAGGGGCACAGCAGGACGUGGGGUCCCUGAAGCUCGCGUCCCCUGAGCUCGAGAGGCUCAUCAUCCAAAACAGUAACGGGGUGAUUACCACUCCCACUCCGGGACAGUACUUCUACAACCGGGGUAUUACGGAUGAGCAGGAGGGCUUUGCAGAGGGGUUCGUGAAAGCCCUGGACGAGCUGCACAAGAUGAAUCAGAUGCCCCCAAACGUGUCCAUCGGAACCGGCGGAGUUACAACGUGUUCAGCGGCGGCCUCUAGUGUCUUUGGCUCAACCCUGCAGCCUGAGCCUCCCAUUUACACAACACUGAGCGCCUACUGCCCGAACACCAGCCUGUCUUCCGCAUCUAGCUACCCAACAGCCACCAUCAGCUACCUGCCGCCACACCAGCAGAGCCACCCGCAGACCUCAACGCACGGCACGCACCCGUUUCAGCACUCUCUUCCCGGGUCAGGACUCCAUCCGCAGCGGCUCGUGGCUCUGAAAGAGGAACCACAAACCGUGCCUGACCUCCUCAGCAGCGACGGCUCGCCUCCAAUGUCCCCGAUCGACUUGGAGACGCAGGAGAGGAUCAAGGCGGAGCGCAAGAGGCUGAGGAACCGGCUAGCAGCCACCAAAUGCCGGAGGCGCAAGCUAGAGCGCAUCGCGCGGCUGGAGGAGAAGGUGAAAGUGCUGAAGAGCGACAACGCGGGGCUCUCCAACACGGCGUCCGUGCUGAGGGAUCAGGUCGCCCAACUCAAACAGAAGGUCCUGACACACGUGAGCAGCGGCUGUCAGCUGAUGCUCACAAGCAAGAUGGAGGCGUUUUAAACAGCAGAGACUGAAAACUAAGAGACUGAAAAGUAAAAACACUGGAGACAUGAUCUGCAUGUGCAGCACUGGGAGAACAGCUGAUGUGAGGUCAGCUCUGACAGCAGCACGAGCAGAAGCCUGUGUUUAUGUUUAGAGGACUGAAAAGACUGACAGAAAUGGUACUUUAGGAUGCUGGACAUCACGCAAAGGACCAUUGAACCCCAGACACCAGGGCAGCAUCCAGACGAGCAGAAGUCUGCUCCACUGAUGGUAGAAAAUGGGAAUGAUUAUUGUAUUUCUUUGUACUUUUUGCAACUGAUAUUGUCAUGCAAUGCUGCAAUUCUUCAUGUGUAAAUUAUUUAGUCUGUCUGGUUGAUCCAGACAGACUGAUGAUGUCCAAUGUUUACACUGUCUUUUUUAUUUGUGAUGUGUAUUUAAGUAAAGUGUCUUAAAUUGAACCAGA